AUGACCUCCAACGGUAGCCAAUCUACACUGGCAGCCACCAUCGCGAAAUACAUCAGAGGUACUUCCAUGGGUACAUGGUUUCAAGAGCAACACUUGCUUUCAAAUCCCAAAGUGGCUUGCUAUGACUCCCAUGUGCACGCUGCACUUUCAGCCUGA